UUUGUUUCUUUCUUUAUAUGCACAGCGCUUGCCCUUUAUUCUCCGGCAGGGGGCGAUAUACAUCACAGCUGCUUAAACUAUUUGUUCCACGAAGAAGAAAUGUGGCACAGUGGAAACGUUAUAAACAGCCAGAGAUGAAGAAACAUUAUGGAUUUUUGAUUAAUUCACACGUUUAAAAACAGAAACUGAUGAUGGACUUCAGCAAAGAAACACAACAACAAACACAAGUUUGGCGUUUGGAGUUAAAUAAUCAAUGUAGGAAGAAAAUAUCCUUACCAAUGUGGUCAAAAGCUGAGGAUACCCUGGAAACUCUCAGGUUGACCAAAAACACAUCAGGCCACACGCAGGGAUCUGACAGUCCGCACGAGUCUUGUGCUGAAGGUCCACUGGAUGGCUCGGGUUCUGAGGACUCUGUGGUGUCCGGCCCCAGCUCACCUUCUGCUGCCCAUCAUUCACUGAGAUGCAGGGAGUGUGAGAGACUUUUCUCCAAAAUGAGGAGACAAGAGCCUCCGAGAAAAAAACAACGAGACAAGAAUCCAGCCUCACUAUCAUGUGAUGAAUGGGUCCUUAAUAAAACAUGGCAGCCACAGAGACCGCAGCAAUCCAGAGGGAGGUUAUGGGUGCACUUAAAACGCAUCAGGUUGCAGGCUGCCAAGCAGUCAGACGAUGGCAUGACAAAUAAAGCCUGGACUCUCUGCACCAGACCUCACGUGUUCCUGAAGAGGAACUUGUGCCGCUGCAAAAAGUUGCUUGGAAAGUCAUGUAAAAGCAAAGCAAAGCCUCUGCAUCAGCGGAGAAAACGAGCAAAACCUACACUGACUCUAAACAGACUGAACUAUCAGAGGCGAAAGAAAAGGAAAUCCACAGAGAAUGAUACAUCGAAGCAUCUGUCAGCGUCGACAUCGGAUCUCACAGGAACCUCGGAAGACGAACUUCCUAAAAAUGAUGUCACUCACCAUGGAGGUUUUCAGAAGUUGGUGAAAGUUCCUAUGAAACCAUCUGUUAGUGAUGUGAGAGGUGAGAUUGAUAUACAGGGUAAUUGCAGUGACCUGGAAGGAACUCGUAGGGUUCUGAAAUUUGACACUUCACCUAACGGUGUGCUGGAUGAAGAACCACAGAACACAAAGCACCACCUAGUACUUAAGAGCGCAGGAGGAAAUUUAAAGGAAGGCCGAGCGGAUUGUACAGUGCAAAACGGAGAUCGCCACAGAAGACUACAUGAUGUUCUGGGUGAGGAUUCAGAUGCUUUUAGAACACCCACAGAUCUCUACAGCACUGAUUUGAAGAUCAGAAGGAAGAGCAGGCCGUUGCGUUCGUUUGGUUCACGGAGAGACAGCUUCAGGACCAUGUUAGCUGCACUUCAGCACGGUCAAAACCAGAUUAUUAAGGAGUCCCAUCACUGAUGCUUUUGCAGAUUUUUUGUAAUUUAGUGUUGUUCAGUCUACAUGCCUCACAUGCUACAGUAUAUUUGUUUUGCGUGACUUUGCAUCACUUGUCAAAUGUAGAAAAUGUUAAGACUAUUUAAAGGCUAGCAUGAAGCACACAGUGUUUUGGGAGUCAGAAUAGCAGUGGCUUUAUAUGAGUAGUUCAAAGUAUUUUUGGUUUUAUUGUAUUUUUUGGUCAUGUUUGAUCAACUUCGGUUGUUUUAAAAAUAAUAAUAAUAAUAAAUCCUGUUUAAUAGUU